AUGUACCCCAACGUCCAAGAGCAGGCUGCUCUUAACGCCGCCGAAAACCUCAUGAAAAAAACCAUGGCGCGUUAUGACCCAUCUCACGACGCCUUCCAUGUACAACGCGUGCGCAAAACGGCGCUGUCAAUAGCCCGCUCUCUUUCUGCGAAGCAACCCGAUUUACUGGUCGUCGAAUUAGCAGCUCUUCUUCACGACGUUCUCGACAAGAAAUACGUGUCAGAAGCCGAAGCAGCAGACCCAUAUGGAUAUUUUGUUCCUUUCUUCCAGUCUUUAUCUUCGGAGCACGGGUUAGACCUGAUUGAUGACGGCCGAGCGCGUCAGAUCGUGAAGGUCAUAGAAAACGUCUCUUGGACAACUGAGAAGAAACUGAGGGAAACAGGAAAAACCGAGGAGUGGCAUCGUACAUGUGUUGAACUCCACUGUGUACAAGAUGCGGACCGACUCGAUGCGAUAGGAGCGUUUGGAAUCAUGCGGUGUGCUGCAUACAGCGCUGCUGUAAAUCGGUAUGUGUCCCACUCCAUGCACCUCCAGGUCGUAUCGACACCGCCGGUGCAGCACUUCUACGACAAGCUCCUACACAUCCAGGAAAGGCUCAAGACAGAGCCAGGAAAACAGAUGGGCGCAAAACGACAUCAAUUUAUGGUCGAUUUUUUAAAUUCCGUGCAAGAUGAAUACGAUGCAGAAGCACCCUGA